AUGAUUCACAAGCAGAUCCUUGAAAUUUUGUUGGUGCUGCUGGCCUCUUCCACUAUUUUCUCCCUAGAAUUGAAACUGGCUGUGGAGAGGGCUUACAACUACUGAAUAAUUUGCAAAGUUCAUCAGAUUUAUCAGUGUCUACCACACAGGAAAACUUUCCUGAUUGCUCAGAAAUCUGUAAGUUCUCAACCAUGCCAGAAAGAACAUGCACUGGUUAUUCUUCAUGAGAUGCUACAGCAGAUCUUCAAGGCAAAUAUUUCUUUGAAAGGUUGGACGGAUAACCACAUAGAGAAAUUUCUCAUCGAACAUCCUCAGCAGCUAGAAUACCUAGAAACACUCAUGGGGUUGGAAGCUGAGAGGAAAAAUGGUGCCUGAGGUAGUGAGAACCUGGGGUUACAGGAUACAGCAUACUUCUGAAGGAUGAUAAAUUACCUGGAAAACCAAGGAUACAGUAGAUGUGCCCAGACCAUUGUCCAGGUGGAAAUCAACUGAUACCUGUUAUUUUUAUUCAGACUCACAGAAAAGUUGAGCAAAAGAAAUAGAUCCUUGAACAGUAUGGAGCAAGAGCUAACUAUGUACAGGCUUCAAAUGCAUAAAUUUGGUGUUGGAGUGAGAUAUUUAUAUGAACAUUGUUUCUUCUUAUUAAAAAUGAUAACAUUGUUUUAG